AUGGGAAAACUCAUCAAGAACCACUGGGCGAGACUCAUUAUCCUGGCCGCUGGAACUUACCAAGUCGCAGCCGCACUCGAGGGAUUCUUCUGGCCCAAGAUCUUUUGGGAUUUCCUCACCAAAACACUAGACGCCGCCGUCAAGCCGAUACCGAUUCUGCAAAUCAUCAACCUCGUCUUCGGACUCCUGCUCAUCGCUUGGGAGUGGCCGCUUGGUUUCAUCGCCGGAUCCAGCUUUCACCGCAGUCUUGAGGCCCGCCUGGCCGUCCUUCCGCUUACCGCCCUGGCCGCCGCCCUCAUCUACCAAGGGACCAACGCCGCUAUUUAUCAGGUGAUUGGGCUGGCCGUGUACUUUUGGGCAUAUAGCGAGGGAGAGAUGAUUUGCGCAAAGCCUUGGACAUUACCACAGCGUGGUGGCAAGACUGGACGUGUAUAA